AUUUGAUUGAUGUGCUAGAAUAGCAAUUAUUGAAUAAUUGAUAUUUUAAAGUGCAAAAUACAAAAAAGGACAACACGAUCGAUCAUUUACUACGUAUUCGAAUCGAAAAUUUUACAAAUUCAUAAUAAUAAAAUAGCAUCGUUAAAUCAAGUGUUAAUUUUGAUUAAAGACGAACAUUGUGAUUUUAUAGACUUCAUUUUCUUUAUCUAAACAAGUUUUAAUGGUGAUUUUAAGUCAAACGAACAUUUUCUUUGUGGCAAAGCAACAAAUUUCACACGUGAAAUUCCACCAAUUUUUAUAUCGGAUUAUAAAACAAUUGGCAUUCAUUUACUGUUUCAUAUUUAUUCAAUAUAAAAUGCCAUCACUUCCACAGGCCGCUUUUGCCGUAUGCAAAAUUCGUGAACAGAAUUCAAAGAGUCAAGGAGGCACCGAUGGCAGCAAUUCGAUUGUCUACAAUCAGAAAUUGUUGGAAUAUUUACCAGUGAAAUACAAUGAAAAAUUCAUGAAUGCGAUUUGGGGACAUUAUAAUCGUUAUUCACCACAUAACAUCAAAAGUAACGAUGCUGCUGUUGCCAUUUCGAAAAACGGGAAAGAACUGAUGUUGGCCGCAAAAAAAGCCGCAGCAUCGGUUCAACAACAAUCUUUUUUCUAGAAUCUCAUAUUUACAAAAAUGAUAGAACUUAAAAGACAUUUUUUGCAGACUCUUACAGACAUAUACAUAAAUAUAUCUGCUG